AGAAACUUAAGUAAUAUGUUAAUCAUUACAGGCUUAAGUGACAGUGUAGUUCAAGUAGGUUGUUGUCAACAUAGAAACUUAAGUAAUAUGUUAAUCAUUACAGGCUCAAGUGACAGUGUAGUUCAAAUGUGGUCACCUGAUUAUGUUCAAGUGCCUGUUGAACCAGAGAGUCCCCAGAUCAGUCCCGAUGAAGAACUCGCCGAAGCUUCGAAAGGCCAAGAAAUUGUUCGUCGUAUGAGUUGUAUAACUACUUGUGAAGAUGAACUGAAUCAGUAUCAAGGCAUACUUGGAAGAAGUUUCUCAGAGUUUUCACUGUCGGAAGAUGAGACUGAUGAGACUUUAGCUGGUCCUGAAGAUACUUCAGAACCUACAAAAGAGAAAGAUAGUUUUCCUGCAGGAAAAAAUGAAUGGCAAACUGUGAAAAAAUUAACCUGUGAUACAAAAAAAAUGAAGAAAUCUACAUUAAACUCUAACUCUGUUAAUAUUCAACACUCCAAAUCUGUGAGCCUGCUUCAGGGGGAACAACUUCAGAAAACAAUGAGCAGAAGUAGCACCGUUACUGUAACAGAAGGUAGGACUGAACAGUUGGGCAGUUUAAGAAUAAGCAAGUCAGAUACUUCUUUAAGUGAGUCCUUUGUAAUGGUGACUGAAGGUGACCUUAUUGAUGCAAAUCCUUCUGCAGAAGAUCCUAACCAGAAAAGUGAAAUGAAAAAGCAAAACAUCUUACGUCAAGGUAUGUGAUUACUCGGAGAAUAUAAAGGUUUUCUAUUCAUCUACAAGCUUUCCAAUUGUUUAAAUAGUUUUUCAUUGUGUGGAAUUAAAACAUUAUUCAUAUAUAAUAGCUGAAGUAGUCACAAGGCCA